GGCGAGAAUAAUGUCGCCUCUGCGCUACAGCUCCGAGAAGAUUCCGAAGCUGAAUUGAUUCAGCUACGCAUCAAGCAUCGAGAGCUGGAAGUAUUGACGAGUAAACAGAAAUCAGAACUUCAUGCCCAACUGCAAGCCAGUGAAUCCGAGUUGAAUCGGCUGCGACAUUUGCUCUCGCGAAGGCAAACCCCUUCACUCUCAGAUAGCCCCGCGGAGAAUCAACGUGGUUCCCAUGAGGGAGCUGCACUGACACGAACUGAUCCGGAGCACGUGCUUACACUAGAGUCUCGGCUGCGGCAGUUGACAGAUUCACUUAUGUCAAGGCAGGACGCUUUGGAUUCGGUGUUGGCCCAGAAUCAUGCGCUUAAGAUUCGGCUGGAGCGUGCUCAGUCGGACAACGAGUCUCUCGCAUCGACUUUGGCCACCGAAGGCUACCCGUUAGCGACCGAACCACCAGUUCGGCUUCCCUACCAUAGCGCCAAUGGAUACGGUUGCGCUCGGAUUCUCCUUCGAAACUCUGUGAUCCCUCGGCCUUUCCAUCCAUUUGUCUCCUCCCUGGAUGAGAUUGCGAUGCGACUCACUAACCUUUGUCGAAGAUGGCCUCUGACUCGACUACUCUUCUUCCUUUAUCUGGCAAUACUUCAUUUAUGGCUUCUAUUUGCCUCUUUCCUGUUCCUUCCAACACCCGUCCCUCGCGUGUAA